AUGGUGGCGCAGUUAGAAAAGGUGUCCACGCUAAACGACGAACUAAACACCCCAUUCGGAAUGGGUUCCAGACAUGGCCAAUCAAGGCCUGAGAUCCACAACCUCGCCAUCUAUACCAACAUCGGGAUGGACUUCGUUGGUAACACUGGGUACAACAUAGACAAUGUUGAGGUUAGGGUCGUGCAAAUGGUUGCCACUGUCAAUCAAGUCAAUCGGAUUUGUGACCAGCUCCAACCGAAAUGCACGCAAUGCAAGCGAGGAGGCAAGCAAUGCGGCGGGUACCGCGAUGUAGAGUCUCUACUAUUCCGCGAUGAAACCGCCAAAACGCAGCGCCGGUCCGCAGCGACGAAACCGCGCAGGAAUAAGAUCGCCUCGAGCAGCUCAUCAUCAUCAUCACCACCCACAAAUCCUUCCGCAUCAGAGCUAGUAUUGCAGCCCCUUCCAAAUCGGGUGUCUGCCAUCCAGCAGUUGUGCAGCGUUCUUACCUCGGUCCCUGAUUCGAUUUCGGUAAGCCCAGAGGAGCUGGGGCUGCGCUUCUUCUUCGAUACCUUUGUCACUACGGCCUUCAUAAACGCCAAUAAUAGGAGCGCUCGGACCUCGAAGAAUCCUGUAUUUUUAGGCGGCUUGCCUCUUGAUCCGUCGUUUCGAGAUUCGCUGGUGGCGGUUGGCCUAUAUGCCAUGGCCAAUGUUAAGCGUGACAGAGCCUUGCGAACAGUGGCGCGGGAAAAAUACAUCUCAGCCAUUCAUUACAUCCGAUCCGUAGUGAUGAAUCCUGCCCAGGCAAAUACCGAGCAGGCGCUCAAGAUUUUGGUGAUGCUGGGUUUGUAUGAGAUGGUCAGUUGUGGCGCUGAUCAAUUCGAUUCCUGGACUGUGCACUUGGACGGCGCCACUGCCCUUAUAGCGCAAUCUACGUUUGGUCAGAACCUUAACCUAAUAGACCAUAAGGCGCUCCUGCAGUUCUCCUAUGUGUCUAUAGUCAAAUAUUUCCAGGACCCAGGCAAGAUCCCUGCGUAUCUGGUGCACUGGUCUCCCGAUUCGAUCACGGCUCCCCCGGAGGAUCAACCGGCCGUGCGUCUCGCUGACAUCCUGGUGAGGUUUGUGAAAUGGCAUUUUUCAAUAUACAGUGGACCAGAACUGCACGAUGAUUGUGUGACCGGUGCCGCUUUAUGUUUCGAGGCCGAGCUAGAUGAGUGGGAGAAGAGCGUCUCGGACAAGUUCUCAUUUGAGGUUCACGAGUCCGACAAGGUCCAGGGAACGUUCUACGGAAAGUACCAUGCCUACAAAGACACAUGGGCUUUUCGAAUCCUUAACCAUUUCCGCUGGGGCCGCAUGCUGGUCAACCGAACCAUCCUCGCGCAUAGCUUGCGACUACAAUACCCCACAGCAGCGGACCUAGCUCAGCGCCAGCACUCACUAAAUACAAUCUCCCGCAUGGCAAUCGACAUCUGCACCGGUGCCGCGGGCCAAAUUGCACUUUUCGAUCAAGGGAUCAAUACGGGGGACCCGUCGAGUGAUUUACCGCUAAACGGAGUCUUUAUGCUUCUAUUCCCGUUGGCUGUGGCUGGAGGGGCAGAAGGGGCUCCGGAUUCGGUGCGCAGGUGGGUGAUGGAGACAUUGGAACACAUUGGGCGAACCAUGGGCAUCCAGCGGGCUCUGGAGCUAAAAAAGCGGCUUCGUGCGAGCUGCGGAGUGGAUGAGUGGCAGAGAGGCUUGAUGGAUCGUCAACGUCUUGCACGUACUGCUUAG